AUGGCUGUUUUGUGUGGGAGCAGUCCGGGUACCUCGAUGGGCAAGUAUGGUGGACUGGCUAUAAAGAAUGGUUCACCCCAUGAAACGGGUUUACGAAUAUUGCUUCACGCAAUUCAACUCGCUGCGAGCCGUCACUCGCGCGUCAUUGAACCACUUCUUUCACUCUCGGUCGAUUUCUACGCUCGUGUGUUCGUCCGUGUCUGGUCUUCCCCGGGGGCUGUGAAAGGGAUUGCUGCGAAACAUGCCGUAUGUUACACAUGCUCCGGAUGUGGUGCAUAUCAUAUUCAGCCUCUCGGUCAAGAAUUCGCAGGCCCUAAACGGGUAGUACCCGCUCGUGGACCGCCUGUUGGACCGUUGUGUUCGGAAUGCGGCAGUCCGUUUCUCGUGUACGGACCAUUUUGGAAUGGUCCACUGCACAGUCGUGAGUUCCUUCGUAGUUUCCUAGACGGUCUCGGUGCCACUCCAAACCCGGUGGAUUCGGAAAACACGAAGCAAUUAAAUUCAUCUCAUGAGCAUGUGCCGAACUCUGACAACAAAAGCAAAUUUCCAAAUCCAACUCUGAAUACCUAUCCACUGACAUCCGAACUGAACUCACCACUCCCGAGCGGAUUCAGUUUCGCACCUGAUCUGACCGCACCUCAACUGCCCUCGGACAUGUCGGAGAUUUUCGGCACUUUCAAACGAAUCGUUGGUAUGAGUACCGUGGCCUAUGAGGAAUUGCCCGAUGUUACUCUGUGCUAUCGAGUGGAUCAUUUGUGUGCGGUUCUAGGCUCUCUGGUUCCUCCUAUGCUCGAACUCUAUUCGGCAUUGUUGAACGCAGGCUAUCGAGUCUCUCCAUCCCACUCGGAUAUGAAUGUGUUCAAAACAGACGCUCCGAUGCCCUUCAUUUGGGACGUUCUCAUUGCCUAUCGCAAUCGUCUUCGAGCAGAUGAGCAGAACAACGGUCGGACUCGCUCGGAAUCAGAGUCAAGCGAAUCGGAUCAGACUGACAGUAGCUCGCGAUCGAAUGCGAAUACAGAUCCAGAUCAGGCGGAUUCGGAAAGCAAACGGCAACGUAAACGGCGUCUGCAUCAUGCUAAUGCCAAGGAUCCAGACGAGACCAGAGAUUCGAAUAUUGUAAACAGGCAAACAGUGCGUGAAAAGCUCCUCUCCCGUCCGGCUAACCCUCUGGUAGAUUUCACCAUCCAUCCGAAGGCGAAUCCACCGUCUCGUGCUGCCGGUCUCCUCAGGUGUGUAUAUAUCCUGUGA